CACACACAUAAAAGUGAAAAAGGAAAAUAUUUAAACUGAAAACAGGAAAUAGAAAGAAAGCGUUUUCUGGCCCAGCAACUAAAUUUGAUUUUGAGUAAAAUCAGUAAAGCCAAGCACUAAGUACACAUCGCAACGCAAUGGCGCAGAACAUUAGCCCCGAACAGAGCGGCGGAGCUGGGGGCAGCACCAAACACACUGAUGACUCGAUGCCAGUGAAAGACAAUCAUGCCGUGAGCAAAAGACUGCACAAAGAACUAAUGAACCUGAUGAUGGCCAACGAAAAGGGAAUCUCUGCCUUUCCGGAUGGCGAGAACAUCUUCAAGUGGGUCGGCACCAUUGCUGGACCCUUGAACACUGUCUACGCUGGGCAGACGUAUCGGCUGUCACUGGACUUUCCCAACUCGUAUCCGUAUGCGGCGCCAGUGGUGAAAUUCCUGACGUCUUGCUUUCAUCCCAACGUCGAUUUGCAAGGAUCCAUCUGUCUGGACAUACUGAAAGACAAGUGGUCGGCCCUGUACGAUGUGCGCACCAUACUGUUGUCCAUACAAUCACUGCUGGGAGAGCCAAACAACGAGAGUCCACUGAAUGCGCAGGCCGCGAUGAUGUGGAACGAUCAGAAGGAGUACAAAAAAUACUUGGACGCCUUCUACGAGAAACACAAGGACACCUAAGCACAGAUGUCCGUCACGUCACGUCACAAAAUGGUUGUGGCGCCACGUAGCGGUCCAGCACUGGAACCGCUACCUCUCAUCCUAUGCUCAUAUUGCGGCGUAUUUAUUUACAUAUAGUGCAAGCGACAACCCCCCCAUCCCGUUCAUCCCACACCAACCACCAACACACCACACCACAUCCACAUCCACAUCCACCUCCUUCAGUUCACAUAGUUUAUGAUGAUUAUUGUUUUGGCAAAGACAGAGACAGAUCAGAUCAGAUAAUCGUAAAAUGUUUAUUAUUAUUACAAAUUUUUUGCAAAAACAAAUUAACUGAUUUCUAAAUGUGUGUCAUGGUAUGGUGUAACAAGUGUAAGUUUUAAAUCUGUCCGUUUUUUAAGCUUAAGCAUAAAUUUUAGUUAAUUGUUUUUUAUACAUGAUUUUGAGAUAUGCAAGCAGAGCAGAUCAACCAAUCAUCGAUGCCAACCGACUUGCAUUUGAAUUGAUUCAUGCUGCGCCCCGCAAUGAUGUGAAUGUUAGCUAAUUUUAAAGAAAGAAAAGAAAACUCUACCCCGAAAAACAACAACACCUACUCACUCAUCGUGCAAAUAUCGCGUCAUCUCUCAUGAUUAUUUCAACGCAGGACUUUAUUUUUCCAUCUACCUAAAUGUAAUAAUAAAUUUUGUAGUAAUUCGAAUUCAUUGUAA